AUGCCACAAGAGCUUGUUCUACCACGCUCAGGGGCGAGUUAUGAGCCCCAAUCGCCAGUUGCGGGGCCGACAGAGUCCGCUUUCGUCGAAACAUUUGGAGCUUUACUGCCGUCCGCUCAAUUCCUUCAGACUCCCCGCGGCAAGGCUGCUUAUUACGAGUUCAAACCCUCAUCAUCCAACGAUGGUACCACCAAAAUUGAUAAAGUGCUCUUUAUCCAUGGUGUUCAGACCCCAGCGCUAGGCAUGCUGCCCCUUGCCCGCGCUCUCGAGAAAUCAUUCCCGGCUGCGCAUAUGGUUCUGAUUGAUCUCUGGGGCCACGGACUGAGCGAUACACCUGUUGCUCCACACGAAGCAUCACUAUUCCACGAGCUCAUCGACAAUUUACUGGACCACCUGAACUGGCAGUCUGCUCAUAUCGUCGGCUUUUCCUUUGGCGGAGCUACUACUGUCAGCUACGUUGCCUCCAGGCCCUCGCGUGUCAAGAGCUUUACUCUCGUCGCGCCCGCAGGCCUCCUCGAACUCUCCAUGUUCACACCCGAGGAGCAGGCUUCUCUUCGAGGAGAUGACGAUGAUGCUGCGAAGAAGUGCGUUUUGAACAUUCUCGAGGGCGGACACCUUGUUGUACCAGAAGAUUGGAAGCAAAGGGUCGCCAACGGUGAAGUCGUUGCUGAGGCAGUCCGUGAGUGGCAGAUGCGCGAGCAUCCGGGACACACAGCUUCUGUAGUUGCGAUCUUUAGAGAUGGCGGUGUGAUGGGCUCGCAUGCUUACUUUGAUGAGGCGGCCAAGACGGGCAUUCCAUCGCUCGCUGUACUCGGAGAGCUAGAUAGCUUGUGUAGCGAGGAUCAGCUUAAUGGGUAUGGAUUUGAGAAUGUUUUUGUAGUUCCAAAGGCCGUGCAUAGUGUCGUGAGGGAUCAGGCUGUGGAUGUUGCGAACCUCAUUGGGGAUUUCUGGGGGAAACUAGAGAAGCAAUGA